AUGAUCUUUGCAAGAUCCGCUCGAUCUAUAUUUCCUCUCCUUCCUCCGUAUGGGGCACAUCACCCAAAUGGAGGAGGGCGAAUUAUCCCACUACAUCCGGACGGCAUCACACCAUACAUGGGCCUGCGAUCUCGCCUAUCGCAAAUAUGGAUGAACCGCUGGACCAUUCUCCUCCUCCUCGUGCUAGUCAGGCUACUAAUUGCCGUAGCCAGUCUCAACACAAGCAUGGGCUCGGCCAGACGUGAGGCACUCUCCGCAUGUACCUCUGUUGAGUCCAUGGGUAGCGCCAUGGCCUCGACACCUCAUUACGCUGCGCGUGGUGUAAACGAGCUGACCGCUGCCAGCGUCGAGACGGCGGUUAGUGCUCUCAAGACAAUGCUCAUUCUAACAGUGACGGGAGUUGAGGAGAUUAUCGUUUUUAUGAUUAAGAUGUUGUAUCAGACUUAUCUCUGCCUCAUCACCAUGGCCAUCCGUGGCACCGUUGACACUGGAGUUGGUCUCUUGAAAGACGCUGGCGACUUUCUGAACUCGACUAUCAAGUCCGUUGGUGACGACCUCAGCGACGCAGUCGAUACGUUCCAGGAUGGCUUCAACGAUUUCCUCGGUCUCAUCAACGGAGCAGCGACAACGCUUUUCGGAUCUGAGAUCCCUGAGUUGAACAUCAACAGCUUCAUUGAAGAGCUUGAGAAUGCUCAACUUCCAUCCUCUAUCGAUGAAAAACUCAACAAGCUCAACAGCUCUGUGCCAACCUUUGACGAAGUCAGUGACUUCGUGGAAAACAUCAUCCGCACUCCCUUCGAUGAAGUGAAGAAGUUGAUGAAUGAGUCAAUGGGAACCUUCACCUUUGACCGUGACACGCUACCAGUCCCUGCACGGCAACAGCUGAGCUUUUGCCAAGGGAGUGAUGGUAUCGAUUCGUUCUUCGACAAAGUCUCUGACAUUGCCGAGACUGCCAAAAAGAUCUUCAUUGCCAUUCUCGUCAUCGCUGCGGUCCUCGUCUGUUUCCCCAUGGCAUGGCAGGAAAUCCGCCGCUGGCGCUCUCAGAAGGAGCGCUCCCAGCUUGUCCGCAAGGAAGCCCAUGAUCCAAUGGAUGUUGUCUACAUCGUGUCUAGGCCAUAUUCCUCUGCCACAGGAAUUAAAGCCGCGAGCCGAUUCAGCAACAGCCGAAGGCAGAUCCUGGUCCGCUGGGUCGUCGCCUAUGCUACUUCACCUCCUGCUUUGUUUGUGCUCUCCCUCGGUGUUGCCGGACUUUUCGCCUGUCUCUGCCAGUACCUCCUCCUACAGGCCGUUGAGAAGGCCGUGCCUGAGCUCUCCGCCGAAGUUGGUGCCUUUGCCGAUAAGAUCGUAAGUAGCCUAGACGAAACCUCCGCAGAGUGGUCUCUGGGCGCCAACAAAGUCAUCGGCGAUGUGAACACUGACCUAAAUCAAAACAUCUUCGGCUGGGUCAACACAACAACGACCGGUGUCAACGACACACUCAAUGCCUUCGUCGAUGAAACAACCGGCGUCCUCAACGACACCUUCGGAGGAACCGUCCUCUACAGACCGAUGAUGGACGUCUUCAACUGCCUCAUUGGCCUCAAGGUCGCUGGAAUCCAACGCGGCCUCACUUGGGUGCACGACCACGCCAACAUCGAAUUCCCGGCCCUUCCCAACGACACCUUCUCCCGCGGUGCCGCCGAAAGCCUGAACGACGGGAACAGCUCAGACAGCUUCCUCUCAAGCGCCGGCGACUCCACCUCCGACGCAAUCACCGAGGUCGUCUUCCGCGUCACAAACGCAAUCGGCGAGGGCAUCGCCGUCGAAGCCCUCAUCUCGGGCGUUAUCCUCCUCCUCUGGUUCGUCAACCUGCUCUUCGGCGUUAUCCGUGCUCUCUCGCUCUUCCGAGGGCAGGAGCGGAACCGUGGUGAUGGCGGUGGCGCCCCCGCGCCGGGGCCUCUGGGUCCUGACCAGGAUGGGUUCCAUGAUGUUCCCCUCACGGCGAUGCCCGAUACGAGCUCGAGCUGCCGCGCUCAGCCGGCGCCCCAGUAUGAGCCUUCCACGCGCACGUUUGCCACUGCGGGGUUGCCCGCGGCGGUGACUGCCGAGACAGGGUACGAGGAUGAGAAGUUAGGGUUUGCGGGCCAGAGGAAUGCUCUGCAGGUCGAGGCGCCAGAAACCCGUGGGAGUAGCUAUGCUGAGUAUGGCAUUGAGAAAGGUCGGAUUUAG